UCUUACAGAGGGAACGGAGAGAUAGAUAUGCAUUUGCAGAUGUACAUGUAUAUGUGUAUAUGUAUACAUGUACCUGUAAGUGUAUACACAUAUACAUACACACAUAAAUAGAUGUAGUCCCUGACACAUGAUUUCUGGUCAUAGUCAAGGGAGUCCUUGGUAGCUUGAUUGAAGAUGUAGCCGGAAGGCUAUGUUGCCUGUCAUCUGUCCCUUUCUGCCUUUUCCUGGCUCAGAUUCUCAGAGUUGGAAAAAACUCAGAGCAUAUCCAAUAAAAUCUUCAGCUCUAAUGCAAGAAUCACAUCUCUUAAAGGUACUUGCUUAAACAUCCUGCAUGGUGUGGACUUUGGAGGGUAGGGGUAGUAUGGGAGGCUUUCGGCCUCAGGAACAUUUAUUUAGAAAGUGUUUAUUGAGCCCCAUUAUGUGCAAGGCUUUGUAUGGUGGUGGGUGUAAUAUAUAUGAGAAGCUGGUUGCCCUGCUCUCGUGGAGCUUGUCAUCUAAGUAGGAUGUUACUAAGUUUGAGUAACUUGAAGUAGGAAGGAUUGAGUAUUGUACAGGGGCUCAGUGGAGUUCAGAGCAGACACUUCCCUGAAAGUUAUGAAGGAAGGCAGGUUUUCUGGAUCUGAUCUGAACAGACAGGAUUGAAAUAGUGGCUGCAGAAAUCAUUGUUUGCAAAAUAAACAGUUCUUUUUUUAAAGAAAUUUUAUUUUAGAAUCGGGGGUACAUGUGCAUGUUUGUUGCAUGGAUAUAUUGCCUACUGGUGGGGAUUGGGCUUCUAGUGUACCCAUUAUCCAAAUAGUGAACGUUGUACCCGAUAGGUAAUUUUUCAACCUCCCUCAAUCUUCCUCCUUUUCGAGUCCCCAGGGUUUGUUAUUUCCAUGUUUAUGUCCAUGUGUAUCCAUUGUUCAGCUCCCGCUUAUAAGUAAGAACAUGCAGUAUUUGAUUUUCUGUUUCUGAAUUAGUUCUCUUAGGAUAAUGGCCUCUAGCUCCAUGUUGCUGCAAAGGACAUUAUUUCAUUCUUUUUUUUUUUUUUUUUUUUUUUUAUUGAGACAGAGUCUCACUCUGUCAUGAGUGCAGUGGUGUGAUCAUGGCUCACUGUAGCCUCAACCUCUUGGGCUCAGGUGAUCCUCUCAUGUUAGCUUCCUAAGUAGCUGGGACUACAGAUGUGUACCACAGCAUCUAGUUGAUUUUUACAAUUUUUUUCAUAGAGAUGGGGUCUUGUCUAUGUUGCUGAGGCUGGUCUUGAACUUCUGGACUCAAGCAGUCCACCUCCCUCAGCCUCCCAAAGCGCUGGGAUUACAGGCAUGAAUCACCAUGCCCAGCCUGAUUUCAUUCUUUCUUAUGGCUGUGUAGUAUUCCAUAGUGUAUGUAUACCACAUUUUCUUUAUCAAGUCAACCAUUGGUGGACACUUAGGUUAAUUCCAUCACUUUGGUAUUGUGAAUAGUGCUGCAAUAAACAUACAAGUACAGGUGUCUUUUUUGUAUAAUGAUGUCUUUUCCUCUGGGUAGAUACCCAGUAGUGGAUGCUGGGUCAUAUGGUAGUUCUAUUUUUAGUUCUUUGAGAAAUCUCCCUAUGAAAGAAACAGUUUUUAAGUCAAAAAGUUUUUUAUUUUCUUUCUUUUACUGAGGUAAAAUCCUUAAUUUGUCCUGGUCAUAAUACUUGGCAAUUAAGAGCUUGGGGUCAGUAUUGGACCUUGGUUUGUGUAUGAGUUCUGCCUUUCGCUAUUAGCUCUUGGUCCUUGGGCAAAUUCUUUUAACUAUUCUCUUCUGAGCCUCAACUUUUUCACCUGUAAAGUGGGGCCAAUACUACUGACCUCACAGGGUUAUUGUGAGGACUAAAUGAAAUAAUACUUCAGAGUGUACUGAACAGUGCCUGGCACAUAGGAAGAAUAAAUGUUAGCUCAUUUUAUUAUUAUGUAGCUUGAACCCACUGGGUAUAAGUCUGCUCCCUGGCGUGCCAAAUCCAUUCUUGCUUCUAUAUGGAAAUUUUUCAGAUAUUUGAAGAGAAUUAUGCCUUCUGUAGAGUUCUUCUCUUAGGUGGUUGUUUCCAUGUAUUUGUAUAUGUAAAGCACAGUAGUUUUCAACCAGGGGCACUUUUGUUCAGUGGGGACAUCUGGGAGCAUUUGGAGACAUUUUUGGUUGUCACAGCUUGGCAGAGGGGAAUGCUACUGGCCUCUAGUGGUUAGAAUCCAAGGAUGCUGCUAAAUAUCCUACAGGACAGCCUCCUACAACAAAGAAUUAUUCCAUUCAAAAUGUCAGUAGUGCUGAUAUAGAAAAACCCUGGCCUACUUGACAGUAGUAAUUAAACCUUUUCUUUUCCCUGUAUCCCUAAUGAUUAGGAAUAGCAGCAUGUGACCCAAGAAGACUACACAAGGAUUUAGAAACAAAUGAGACACAGGUCAAACUCUGUGACUUCAGGCAAAUCAUUGAAUCUCUUAAAACUGUCCCCUUCCAUUGCAAAGGGGUUGUAAAUACUGAAAAGAAUCUGAACCCCAAAGAAGGAUGGUCCCGGGCUGGUGAUUAUAAUUGUCCAGCCACAUGUAUAAUUUAUGCUUCAGUUUUGAGGAACAUGAACAAUUAAGUUUAUCUCAUUGUACUCUUCCUUUCGUUGAAGAGGAAGUAAAUAUUUUUUCUUGUUGCUGCUGUUUUACUCAAGGUAAAAAAGCCAACCCGUAGUUAGGUAAGAUAGUUGGUGAAGACAAACGUGUACUGAGGGACAGAGCUGAAAAGAGAAUGUGGCCAGCUCCUGCCUGAAGGACCUGUUCUCUCUCAUUUCACAGCGUGAUGGACCUGGGUGUUCCUCAUCAGUAUUAUAAAGCAGCUGUCCAAAGUGCCUCUAUCUCUGGAUUUCAUGAGGACUGUGUCCUGCAGGGUUCAGUUUAACAGUCUCUGUAUAAUGUGAGGUCUAAAUGGAAGAGAAUCCCACCAGAAUAAUUGUUUAACGUUGGAAUAGCAGAAAUAAUGGACUUGAACAAGAUCAGUGAUAUAGAAGUUAGAAGACAGGACUGCUACUACCCAGGAUCCUGAGCAGGUCACGUAACUAAGCCUUAGUGUCUUCCCCUGUGAAAUUGAGAGGAGUUACUUGGUCCCAUGGGGGAGUGCUGCAUAUGGCUUAAGCAGAUAAGAUUCUGAAAAAGAAGAGCUAAGUGGAGUUUUAAUCAAAAGGGUCCUUUAAAAUGUGCUGAGGAAGCAUGCCACAAAGAGGUCCUUUGAAAGGUAAAACAUGUUUUGGUAAACCAGUGCAUUGUUUCGGGAAUAAAUCUGGCUGUUCCUAACUUGGAUCUUUUAAAAGGAGGAUGUGCCUAUAUUUUAUUUCAGCCUGGUUUGGGACCCAGAAUUCUUGAUGGACAACUGGUUUUGGGGCGUGACAGGUAACUGUACUACUAACUGUAGAUUGAAUAUGUCCUGUUAAUAAGGAACAUACCCUUUUGUGCCUCUGAUGAGAAAGUAUGCUUCCAAGUGAUGAUUUUUGGCUGCCCAAAAUAAGACUUCUUUUUUUUUUUUAAAGACAAAUGCCAAGAAUCCUAAUGACCAGUUUUCAGAUACAGUGUUGUUUGGAAGCUGUUGUAUAAAUGCCUUCCCUUUUCUUUUCUUUUCUUUUCUUUUCCUCUCUCUCUCCCCUUCCCUCCCUCCCUCUCUUCCUUCUCCCCUCUCUCCCUCCCCCAUCCCUCUCCCCCUCCUUCUCUCCCUCCCUCCCUCCCUCCCCUUCCUCUCCUUCCUCUUUUUCUCCCUUCCUCCCUUCCUUCCUCUCUUUCUCUUUUUUUCUUUUUCUUAGAGAUGGGAUCUCACUAUGUUGAUCAGACUGAUCUCAAACUGCUGGCAUCCAGUGAGCCUUCUGCCUCCCUGUCCCAAAGUGCUGAGAUUACAGGCAAGAGCCACAGUGCCUGGCUAUUUUGAAGCCAGCUUCAUAAGGCUAUUGGACAAAAUAACGAAUGGUUCUCGAAUUGAAAUAAACCAAACAGGAACAACCUUAUAUUAUCAGCCUGGCCUCCUGUAUGGUGGAUCUGUGGAACAUGACUGUAGUGUCCUUCGUGGCAUUGGGUAUUACCUGGAGAGUCUUCUUUGCUUGGCUCCAUUUAUGAAGCACCCGUUAAAAAUAGUUCUACGAGGAGUGACCAAUGAUCAGGUUGACCCUUCAGUUGAUGUUCUUAAGGCAACAGCACUCCCUUUGUUGAAACAAUUUGGGAUUGAUGGUGAAUCAUUUGAACUGAAGAUUGUACGACGGGGAAUGCCCCCUGGAGGAGGAGGCGAAGUGGUUUUCUCGUGUCCUGUGAGGAAGGUCUUGAAGCCCAUUCAACUCACAGAUCCAGGAAAAAUCAAACGUAUUAGAGGAAUGGCGUACUCUGUACGUGUGUCACCUCAGAUGGCGAACCGGAUUGUGGAUUCUGCAAGGAGCAUCCUCAACAAGUUCCUACCUGAUAUCUAUAUUUACACAGAUCACAUGAAAGGAGUCAACUCUGGGAAGUCUCCGGGCUUUGGGUUGUCACUGGUUGCUGAGACCACCAGUGGCACCUUCCUCAGUGCUGAACUGGCCUCCAACCCCCAGGGCCAGGGAGCAGCAGUGCUUCCAGAGGACCUUGGCAGAAACUGUGCCCGGCUGCUGCUGGAGGAAAUCUACAGGGGUGGAUGCGUAGACUCGACCAACCAAAGCCUGGCGCUACUACUCAUGACCCUUGGACAGCAGGAUGUUUCCAAAGUCCUGCUAGGCCCUCUCUCUCCCUACACGAUAGAAUUUUUGCGGCAUUUGAAGAGCUUUUUCCAGAUUAUGUUUAAAAUUGAAACCAAGCCAUGUGGUGAAGAACUCAAGGGCGGGGAUAAAGUGCUGAUGACCUGUGUUGGCAUUGGUUUCUCCAACCUUAGCAAGACCCUCAAGUGAUAACCAUCACAAGAUAAGGCCCCAAUGCCUACAGACAAAGCAGAAGCUGCCACAGACACCAAUGGGACCAAGUCCAAAUGGAUUAAUCCAGGACAGGAUAGCCACUUGCUUAAUUUUCUGUGAAGAAAUAUCAAUAUACAAAUAAAAGACAUACCUGUAGCAUGUGGUUUCCAGCUGUUUCUCCAGUGGCAUUGCCAUUGCCCAGGAGGGGCCCAGUCACCAUGAGAGCUCCCUUGCCUUACCUGGUGGAAGAAUGUGCCUUCAGGCCACAGUUGUGCUGCUAGAACAGUCUCAUAGCUGCAGUUCAGCUGUGCUUCCUCAGCCUACUAUCAUAGGCUUCCUUGGCCGUCUGUCGUAUGGCUGUUUUCCAAACCUGUGGAGUCUGUUACUGUUCUUUCUGCAAGGACUCACCUACUUGAGCCUCGAUUUUUGUUGUAGAGAUUAAAUGAGAUAAUAUGAGUGGCAGCUCUUCAUGAGUCCUGCAGUGCUAAGCAAAUGUCAGAAAUUGGUAUAUUAGACUAUUUAUCUUUUGUCUUCUGAAUGGAUUGCUGUCGUGGACACAGACACUGAUCUUCAUCUGGUUCAUUGUAUUUAUAUGUGAGGGAUGGGUGGCUGCAGGGGUCCAAGUAAGUUAUUGGGAUUUUUUUUAUAUUCCAGGUGUGCUAUACAUUCUUAUUUUAUUUUCACAAUAGCUCUGUGAUGUAAAUGCUAUCUCCAUGAGAAAAUUCACAAAGGGUGUUUUGUUCCUUUAAAAUGUAUAAUGUAAAGACAUUAAAUCUCCUCACUUAAGGAUCUAA